AGUCGUGCUGAGAGGCUGAAGCAGAUCCAUACUGCAAACAAUGGAUCCGGCAACAGAGGAUUCUGCACAGUCAGAUGCUGACCCUGAGAUGACCGUGUUGACCCCUGAGGAUAUUACAGAACAAAACCUUUAUGUUGGUGAUGAAGUGGAGACACUUCGAAACAGCUUACGUGAGGCUGUCCACGAUGAUAAUGUCCAGCCUAAGAUGCAGUGCCUGAUGAUGGACUCCUCCUUCUCCAUGGUCACUAUGCAAGGGGAGGACAGUGGAAUUGCAUGGGAGACGACCCCUAGUCGCUGCACCACACCAUGGAUGUCUGAAGCUGGAAUCCCCUCUGUGGAUCUCAGCUCUCCGGCUGCAGUACGGCCUGCAACACCUGGGUCUCAACCAGCAGGAAAGAUCAUCUUUGUCAUGGAUGAGGAGCUCAUCUCAAGACGGAAGAAAACUAAAGAGAGGCUAAGUGGUCCAAAGAGGAAGGCAGACAGAAGGCAAGAAGUCCUGGCUGAAAGCUCUGAGAGCAUCUCAGGACGGCCAGAGUUAGUGGAAGUCUCUCAGCCAAAUGUGAAAACCGAAGGAGACCAAGAGGACCCGACCGAUCCUCUGGAAGAUAAAGAGCAGCAGCUGUUCAGCUUAGUGUCCGAAGGCUCUGAAAUCCUCAACAUUGUUGUUCCUCCCAAACUGGCCACUGUGGAUGAAGAAGUAAGCAAAGAAAUGAUGGACAAUCUGUCAUACCUAGAGGAAACUCUUGUUCCUAGAGCUAAUGAGGAGACCCAUGAAAACGAGUUGCUGACCUCAAUAGAAGAGAUAGAUGACCAAGUCAAACCCAGCCCUCCUGUGGGUCUAGAUUCAAUGGAUCCACCAGGAGCUCCAGUGGCCAGAAUGCCAACCAGAGGAGCAGUAGGGAAUGUGGACUAUUUUGAGGCAUUCGCCCUGAUUGAUGCUCAGGCUCCAGGAGGUCCUACUGUGACUGGAGAAGGACAGGUGGAACCAGAGGCAAAGACCGCUACUGAGAGUCAGGACACUGAGAAACCUGCGCAGCCUAAAGACACCGCCAUCACCAAACAUGUAGAUACUGACAAGUCAGACACAAUUAGUCUGGAAGAACUCACUAACGAGCUUCUAGAUGAAGUCUUUUAUGGCGGUACAGACGACUACUUACCGAAAAGUCCGGAGACGACAGAUGGAGGUGGAGCAGGGGAAAGCGUACCCUCUAGGCUUCCCUCAAAGCCGAGUGGUUCAAAUUUAUUUGAAAGCCAAGAGGACAUCCUGACACCAAUCUUUCUACCUGAGGGGCCCCCGAAAAUUAUUGAUCCCAUUUUGCUGGAGGAGCCCAAAGCCAUGGCCUUCCUUUAUACUGACCUGUAUGAGGAAGCACUUGGCAGCUGGAAAAAAGAAGAGGACACUGAAAGCGUGACCUCAGAGAAGUCUUUCCACAGCCGGCAUUCGGACCGAGAGGCCCGGGGAUAUUUAGAGAAAUAUGUCCUUAUAGAUGAGACUCCUGUAGUAGAACUGGAACCAACAGAUAAUGAAAAAUGCUCAGAGGAAGACACUCGGAUAAUGUCCCAAGAUUUCUAUGAUUUGGGAGUUUUUGUGAACAAGCCUGAAAAAGGUGAGAUGCCAAACUCAGAGGAGGAAAUCACAGACUUCUUCAGGUCCAGCGCCAGUUCUUCUCCAUGUGGCAUAGAGCCUUUCUCUCAACUCCUGGAAGAAGAUGACACACAACCAACAAUAAAGAGUAAAACCAAGACAGAGAGAAGUGUGUCUAUAGCUGCAGAAAAAGCUGCAGAAAUCCCAGUAGAUCAACUUAGCAUCUCGAGCUUUGAGUUUCCCUCAGAGGAACUAGAAUGGGCAAGUACAGAUGAUCAUCCUACAACCCUGACAGAGAGCAAUGUCAGUGUUCAGUGGCAACGAGAUUCAGAAAUGAAUAAGCCAGUCGCCCCUCCUAGGAGAAAAGUAACAUCCCCUCCUAAGGCGAGUCUAGAUCUAACGCCUCUGAUUCCAGUUGACGUCAUCACACAGGAAAACGAAGAGGCUGGAGGAAAGGAGCAAAGAGAGGAGGAGAAAGAGACGGCAUCACCAGCAGAGACUGCUGAUGAAGGCGAUGGAGAUGGAGAAGAGAAUGCGUUGGCUGUGACCAAAACUGGAGCUGAAAACAUGCAGGAGAUCGAUGAAGUAACUGCUAAACCAACAGAAGGAAGAGACGCCAAAACAGAAGAAGAGGAAAGAAGCGAGACUGAAACGGUCACAGAACAAACUGACCUGGAGACAAAUGUUAAUUCAUCAGAAACCGAUCAAACAGAGAAUAAUGCUGAAAAACAAGAAGAUACUUCAACAGUCUUACCAACUGAGCAAGCCAAAAACAAAGGACAGUGUUCAAUACUUUAGGGUAGCUACAGUUAUUUUUUCAGUAACCUUGGUAUUAAGUACUGUAACAGAUCAAUAUCCAUAUUUGAGCUUAAAAUCAUAGUAAAAAUAAAACACAUUCAAGUAAGGCGAAUUCUUAAAGCUCAGAUUUGUAUGUAUUAAAAAAUCUGCCUUCACGUUGAUCAAAUAUCCUCAGUCUCUCCAGAUAAACCCAGUGUUUCUGCCAACAAUGCAUGAGUCACAGACUGAUUGAAGAGAGAGCGCUUUGGGUCACGUGCAAAUAAAAAGGAUGACAGUGCAUGUGUCGGUGUUUGUGUGGUGUUAGGGUGCAUCUUCAGCUAUAAAUAAGCCUCUCUGGCAGUUAACCCGACACCUUAUCUAAACUAGGAGCGUGUGUUUUGUGCAACCACUUGUAAACAGUCAAGAAAAAACAUCUGUAAUAUAUGCAGACGAGUGUAUUUACACACAGUUAUUCCUGACAAAUGAUCCACCCUGCAGUUCGUUGUUUAAUCACUAAUGUGUCUGGAAUGCAAAAGUGAAUCUGUCGCUAAACCGAAUGGAGAGAGAUGUUUUCCACCCAAGCAAGAUAACCUGUGGUUAAAGAUCGCCCUCAGAUCUUAUAAAUCCUGCCUGUAUUUUUUAAUUUCCACAAAAUGUUCAAAGAAGCUAAUAAAAACUGCAUGUAUUCCUCCUGCAUCAUUGAAAAUAUAUUUCCA